GCUGACGGCAGCGCUGAGGAAUGCCUGCGCCUCCGUGCACAGUGCACAGCUCUGUGUGUGCUGGGGGGCAGCUGGGAUCCACUGGGUUGUCCCCCCAGCAGCUGCUACUCCAAGGCGAGGGGGGGGUGGCAUCCCACCCCCAGCACCUGCUCAGGAGGGGACCCUCAGCACUGGUUUGGCCCCCCCCAUAACUGCAAGGUCAGGGCAUCCCACGCUCUUCCCUUGCCCUGCACAUGCCAGGGAGCUGCAGAUGGACGGGGUGUCCGUGCUUGGCCACACUCCAGCUGCUGUUCUUGGCGGGGUAUCAGGCCCCCAGAUCGCAUGACAGUGUCAGACUGGGGCUGGCUAAAUAUACAGCUCAUCCAGGCUCCAUGCCCUGCCAGGCUGGGGUCAAGCACUACAGCAGUUGGCCACACCUAGAGCUGGUUCUGAGGGGCAGUGUGCCCCCUCUUUUCUCCAGCCCAUGCUGGUAGGGUCUGGCUGGGUGGUGCUGACCCAAAAAACAUCCUCCCUGAUGCUCUCCAAUCCUGUACCUUCCUGUUCUUACAGUGGAGCUGGGCUCACAGCUUAUGGGAGCUGUUGUUGCCCCUUGGAAGUUCAGGGCAGUGUAGCACGGUGGAGGGAGCAUAGGAAGUAGGGUGCCCCAGGAAGGAUGGGGCUGUGUGUCAUCAGUACUGGGAGUGCUUGGAGAUGUAGGGAAACUGUCCCUGGGGUGCCAUAAGAUGCUUCACUCCCCUCUCUGGGGCUGGGGUGGGAGCUGGGUGAAGCCUGGUGUCCAUGGGGCUGCAGAGAUACGUGGGGCUCAGCCUUGCCUGUGUCCUCCUCCAGGUGCGGCACCGCCAGUCGGGGCAGAUCAUGGUGCUGAAGAUGAACAAGCUGACCAGCAACCGGGGCAACAUGCUGCGGGAGGUGCAGCUGAUGAACCGCCUCUCGCACCCCAACAUCCUCAGGUUCAUGGGGGUGUGUGUGCACCAGGGACAGCUGCAUGCACUGACAGAGUACAUCAACGGUGGGAACCUGGAGCAGCUGCUGGACAGCCCUGUGCCCCUCUCCUGGUCCAUGCGUGUCAAGCUGGCCCUCGACAUCGCCCAUGGCCUACGCUACCUGCACUCCAAGGGCAUUUUCCACCGUGACCUCACCUCCAAGAACUGCCUGGUGCGCUGCGAGGCCAGUGGCUACACAGCUGUAGUGGGUGACUUCGGCUUGGCGGAAAAGAUCCCCACCUACAGCGAGGGCAGCGAGAAGGAGCCGCUUGCAGUGGUGGGCUCCCCUUACUGGAUGGCACCCGAGGUGCUGCGUGGGGAGAUCUACAACGAGAAGGCCGAUGUGUUUGCCUAUGGCAUCAUCCUGUGCGAGACCAUCGCUCGUGUCCCAGCCGACCCCGACUACCUGCCCCGCACUGAGGAUUUUGGUCUGGACGUCACCACUUUCCGCACCAUGGUGGGAAUUGACUGCCCAGCGGCUUUCCUCCAGCUGGCUUUUCACUGCUGCAGUAUGGAGCCCACCUCCCGCCCCUCAUUCCUGGAAAUCACGCAGUGCCUGGAGAGCAUCUUGCAGCACCAGCUGGGCGACGAAGGUGCCAGGGCCACCCUGUUCGGCAUCGGGGAGAGUCUGCCUGCAUCUGGAACCUCAGCCACACUCAGUGGAGUGGCCAGGUGGUCAUCCAGCCACACCGAGCAGUCACCCCUGCGUGAGCUGGGGACGCAGCACCUGCAGCCAGACCAGCGCCUGUCCCGCAGCCAGUCUGACAUGUUCCCUUCCAAGUCACCUACCCUGCUGUUGCCACUGGAGCCUUACAGCGGGGCCAGGCCCGUGGAGAUGUCCCCCCGUGUCAACCCCUUCUCCCAGCGUGAGGACCUGAAGGGGGGGAAGAUCAAGCUCUUUGAUACGCCGAGCAAGUCGGUCAUCUCGCUCACCUUCGACCUGCCGCCCCCCGCCCCGCUGCAGCUCAGCAACCCUGUGACACCUGAGCCCGCCGUGGAGGUGCAGUGUGACUUCUCAGCACCCACCACCAGCCCCCGCAAGUGCCACUCUCUGCCCUCCUCUCCGGAGCUGCCCCACAGGGGGGGCCUGGAGCUGGCUGUGGGGUCCUCUCAUCCUGCUGACGACCCUCAGCCCCCCACCCUCCUUCCUCCCCCAGCAUGGGGAGGAGCCUCCACCGCCAGCUCCCGGGCAGGGGAGCAGAUGAACUGCGGCCCAGACAGCUCUGAGCCGCCGCAGCCCAGCCCGCUGCCCCUCAACAGCACCUUCAUCCGCACCGCUCCCUCGGGCACGCGGCCCUGGCAGCCCGACGUGCGAGCCCCCAACGGGCUCCUCAUCAACAACAACCACGUGAUGGUCAGCAAACCUCUGGCCUGGGGCAGUGGGCUGGAGCAUGGCUUCUCUGAGCUCAGCAUCUCCUGCGCAGAAGCGCUGGAGCGGACGGAGCGCUCGGCCAUGCUGCCCGGGCACAGCUCUGGUGCCAUGCUGGAGCAGGACGAGGUGCUGCCCUGCCCUGGCUGCUGCCUGAGUCCCUUCAGCUUCAGCUUUGCCUCCAUCUGCCACCGGCCAGCGCCCAGUCCGCCCCGCUACCAGAACCUCAACUGUGAGGCCAAAAGCCUCAUCUGCCAUGAUCGGGGCCAGCACCAGAAAACCCCGGGGCCAGUGCUGGCUGAGCCCAGCCUGAAGCUGCCGGAGGCACAGUCCUAGUGAUGGGGACCCUGGGGAGUGGGGCUGAAUCUAGCUGCCCCUUGCACCCCUCUGCAGCCACAGCACUGGGCAGUGCAGGAGCCUGGCACAUCCCCACGGUCCGUCAUCACUUGGCACAUGGUAGCCACCAGUGGCCGUGGUGCCAAGUGCUGUGGCUGCCACGGCGCUGCCCAGGCACUUGGGCACCCACCCCACCAGGAUCAGCCUUGGGGAUCUGCAGGGAACCCUGGAGGUGGGCUGGGUCUCUGCUGGGGACCAAAGUGCAAUAACACCGCUGCCCUGAGCACUGCCCCGAGCGGCAGGGCUGGUCCCCCGCGGGGGCCACGGGGCUCAAGCCCUGGAUCCAGGAUCCCCUUUCCCCAAGGGCUCACCUCUUUGCAGGCUCUCGUAGAGGGGUAUACCAUGAGCCUGCUGCCUUGGGAGAACUGGGAGUUCCCUGCACCCAGGCGGGUGAAGAGGGACUGGGCUGGGGUAGAGAGGUCAGCGUGUUUAUGUGUGUUUUUGGGGAUCCUGGGGGGCUGGUGGGUGAACCCAUGUGUGUCCACAAGCGUGGGGAGCACAGCCAGUCCCUGACAUGGGGAGAAGAGGGCAGGGGACCGUAGAGGGGCAAUGCCCAUGGGCAGUGCACGAGGAGGAUUGCCAGCACUGGGGUUGUCCCUGCCUGACUGAUGCCGAGGGUUGGGUGAUGAGUCAGCCCAGCGCCUCACAUCCCCCUGGCAAGCAGGUCUGGGAGCAGGAUGCUGGCAGAGGGGCCAGGAUGCCAUCCUGGCAUCAUGGGGAUGGGGCCAGUGGGCAGCACAGUUAGGCUGCCUGGCCCCCGGCAAGGGUGGGAGCCGGCUUUCCUCCCUCCUGCACAAUGCACUGGUGAAUGCAGAACUCUUUGUGUUUUUUAUUAUUAUUAAUAAUAAUUGCUAG